CUAAUGGCGACACCUCGCGAGAUGUGGAGCUGGGAUGGGCGGCGCCCGCCGGCCGCUCGCUCCUUUCUGGCGGCCCGGCCAUCUUGGCGGCGUGCGUGUGGUACCGCCAGACCUAACGCCAGGCAGCGAUAAUGGUGGCCGCAAAGAAGACGAAAAAGUCCCUGGAGUCCAUCAACUCCAGGCUUCAGCUGGUGAUGAAAAGUGGGAAAUACGUGCUAGGAUACAAACAGACUCUGAAGAUGAUUCGGCAAGGCAAAGCCAAGUUGGUCAUCCUCGCCAACAACUGUCCUGCUUUGAGAAAAUCAGAGAUCGAGUACUACGCCAUGCUUGCAAAGACCGGUGUCCAUCAUUACAGCGGCAACAACAUUGAAUUGGGCACAGCAUGCGGAAAAUACUACAGAGUGUGCACGCUGGCCAUUAUUGACCCAGGUGACUCUGACAUCAUUAGAAGCAUGCCAGAACAAACCAGUGAGAAGUAAAUGCUGUAAAGGUGGUCUUUCUACAAUAAAACUGGUUUCAGAUCUAUUUUAA